CGGCAACCACGACGAUCAGACGUGUCGCGCGAUCAGUACAGAAAAUCCAAAUAAAUUUAAAGUUAACCAAAGCAGCAACUUCUCAACAACCAGAUCGAGCAAACUCGAAAGUGUAUCAAACCGCAUCUUGCCAUGAUUCGCAUCCUCGUUGGAGUGAUUUGCGUGGUCCUUUGGUCGCCGGUUAGCCAGGCUCUUACGCCUGGCUUGCAGGUGGCCAAGCAGUGGAAGCUCCUGCGCUAUAAUUUCGAGCCCCAGGCGCCGGUCAGCGAUCCUAACUUUUAUAAUCCUCAAAAUGUUCUAAUCACCGGGUUAGCCGUGACGGAUGAUCGGAUCUUUGUGGCCACGCCGAAGCUCUUUUCGGGAGUUUCCUCAACCGUAAGUUGGGUCUCGAAAGCCCAGUUCGGGGAUUCCCCCAUCCUGAACGCGUAUCCGGAUUGGUCCUUCUCCAACACCGGACGCAGUGACUUCAACUGCAGCGAUCUCGUCCUGACCUCCGUCUAUCGCCUGCGUCUCGAUUCCUGCAAUCGCCUUUGGCUGCUGGAUGCUGGCAUCUCGCGAUCCCUGGAGGAUUACGAGAUCACCUGCCCGCCCAAAAUCCUGGUGGUGGAUUUGGCCACGGAUCGCGUGGUGCGGCGAAUCGAUUUUCCUCCGGAAGUCCUGCGCGGAGAGUCCCUAUUCACCAACAUGGUGAUCGAUGAGACGACGGCCAAGGGAUGCGACGAUGUAUUCGUCUAUAUCACAGACACCGUGGAGCCAGGCAUCAUUGUGUACGAUAGUGGAAAGGACGUCACUUGGAGGGUUUCCCACCCAGCCAUGUAUCCCGACCCGGACUUUGCUCAAUCGGAGAUCCACGAGCAUCAAUUUGUUCUCAUGGACGGAGUGGUGGGACUGACUUUCGAUGAGCGCACUGGUGUGGUUUACUUCCAGCCUUUGGCGACGGAUAGAGUCUUCUCCGUUCACAAGAAUGUCCUGCGUGCGGGUCCCUUGCCAGAUGGCAAGAUGUUGGAUGUGAAGCUGGUGGGCAAGAAGAGCUCUCAGGGCAUUGGACUCGCUGUAUCGCCAUUCGACAGCAGUCUGAUCUUUAGUCCGCUGAGUGAGACAGCCAUCGCCUCGUGGAAUCCGACGACUAAUCAGCAAUCGGUGUUGGCCUUCGAUCGCGAUCAAUUGCAGUUUGUGGCCGAUAUAACGACUACAAAAUCGGAACCUGGUGUUAUUUAUGCUAUUGCCUCGAAGUUCCAUCGAUUCUUUUUGAAGAAUCUGAAUCCCAAUGAAUUUAAUAACCGUAUUGUGAGGCUGGAACUGCCCGCUGGAAAUUCGCUGCUGGGUCAUCGUGUUGCCCUGCCGCCGGCACCCACUCACAAUAGUCUGUUGAACUAUGGACUUUAUAAUACUCAUGGUCAGACCUCGACGAGUGCCCUGCAGACGUACUUCACCAGUCCGGCGCUGACCACGCCCUUCACCACCAAGUCGCCCUUUAAGUUCGAAACGGGCGGAAUCGUAAACUAUGCCGCUCGCAAUCCCUUUACGGCUCUCAAUCAGGGCGAGGCCUUUCCGCCAAGCAAAGCGACCAGGGAUAACUAUCAGCGCUCCUAUUUGGACACCCUGGUGGGCACCACUGCCCCGGCGGCCACCACCCGAGUGGUUUCGGUGCCACCCACCGCCUACAGCCACCGCCAUAGUGGCUACUACUAUCAGCGAGCCACGAGAUCCGUGGGUCAGCAGUGAGAAACAACUUGCGCACACGCCGCGUAUACGCAAUGUAAAUAAAUCUCUAUAAAUGUAAAUUGAAUAAAUUAAUUUAAUGACAAA